AUCGCCCGUGGUGGUACAUAGCCACACUUGCGAGUCCAUUUACUGGCAAGGAUUUAAGCUCUACAUAUGAUGCUGCAGCAACAGUCCUCUUCUUGUGGUAUAAUAACAGUUUCAUUUCCCCAAACGAACUUAUCCUUACUUGCCUUAUUGAAUCACAAUGGCCACCCCUCAUACACCACGAUCUCAGAGGUCACAAAUACUACCGCCAGAUGUAGUUCCAUUCACUCAUCAUAUCUCACAAACUGAUUAUCGCACGGGGGAUCUGAAACUAGGCCGCAUUGCCGUUCUCGCUGAUUUGGGAAGCUAUCUACAGGUUCCAUUCGAUUGCCUAGUGAAAUGUGUCGGUGCCAUGCCCUCUCAGCAGGAUCUGCAGCGAAUACGCAACAGCUUGACUAAUAAAGAGAGCAAGAUCCUCACCGAUGACGAGAGUGGCCUGCGAUGGACGGACUUUACCCCGCCUGCCAAAUCGAAAGGGCCCGAAGAAAAUAUGUUUCAGCCCCUCGGUCUCAUCAUCUCUGAAAUUUUGGCCGAAGUCCCGGAUUGCGGAGUAUCCUUCCUAGCGAACCCAAAGGAACACCCCUCUCGCAGCGCAACAAUACUUCCAGGCCUGAUGGAUACCUUGUACUUAGCGAUAAAAAAACUGAGCCCAAGAUGCAUUGGUUUGACAUCGCUGUGCCAUUCGAGUUCAAGAAGAAACGGAAUACUGAGUCUCCGAGACGACGAACAAAAGAUAAUCUGGAGCCUUCACAGUAUCAUGCGGGAGGAUCCCUGUCGUCGGUUUACAUUUGGUAUCACAAUCGAGGACACGCAAUUGAGACUGUGGCUCAGCAAUCGUGCGUUCCUUGCAGUUACAGAACCUAUCAACUUCUUCGAGAACAUUGAUGGUGUUAUCUCUCUCUUUUACGUUCUUGGAUCUGCGUCUUCUACUAUGAAAGAGCUCGGAUGGGACCCCACUGUUGAGCGGGUACGUGAUGGAAAGGAAAUCCAAUAUAAAUUCACUAUUGGGAAUGAAGUGUUCACCACGACACGUGAACUUGCAACCUAUGGCGCAGACUUUAUGGUUGGGCGUGGAACUCGCGUAUACGAAGCCACGGACGCCAAGGGAAAGAAGGUUGCCAUCAAAGAUUCAUGGAGAGAAGUUGAACGUCAAUCAGACGGCGAGAUCCUAGAAAAUAUCUUGGCUUCCUGUGCGGAGAAGCUGCAAGCAGAGGAGUUGGCGGAUGCUAAGAGGCACUUCGUUGGAGUCCGGCUCUGGAAGGAUGUCACAAUCGACGAUACCCCAGACGAGACGUUGGACCCGCUGGUUGGAGAAGAGCAUAAUUGUACCUGGGAGUGGGUGUCCUUCAAUCUCAACCCCAUCCUUUUCGCGAGACCACAUUUACCUAGCACAGGCAACGUACCCGACUCUGGUCGACUGUCUGCCUUUCUUCCCACACAAUUGGGUAGUAUUGCGCGAAGUGACACUGGCAUCCCACGCAGGGUUCAUACUCGCACUGUCUUCCAUGAUGUUGGAGUCGCUGUUAAGGAUGUCACCUCUUUGGCCGACAACCUGAGUUGCUUGUCCGGCGGACUUAAGGCCCUGUAUUAUAUGCACAAAGCAGGCUGGGUUCAUCGCGAUUUCAGCGUCGGGAACGUAAUUUGGGUCGUCGAUAACAACGGGAGUAUCGGGAAAUUGGGUGACUUCGAGUACGCGAAAAAGAUAGAUUCAAAUAUUUCCCACGAUGUUCGAACGGGAACAAUACAUUUCAUGGCGGUAGAAGUAGAAAGAGAGAAGUACCUUUUCCGCCCAACAACUUCUAACCUCCGACCACUUGGUAGAGAUCCUCAUGAUACAAGCCUCCCGCUCGGUCCUCCAUUUCGCAUGAAUUUCCUGCACGACAUUGAAUCCGUAUGGUGGGCUUUUACCUGGAUCUUCUUUUAUCACACGGACACGGACGCGGCAGACGUCAACCAUCCCUUCAAUGUACAUGCUCAGUGGGAACAAUUCUGGCUGGCCUUCCCUGGUACGGUCGGCCAACUACGCUGGGAGUUCUUCGUCUUUGGUGAUGAACUCCAAACCACCUGCGACAAGGUCCUUUCAGAGACAUGUUGUCGUGUUUGCGAUUGUAUUCCUCAUUUCGCAGGCACUCUCCAAGAUGCCUAUCGAAAGGCGGAAGCAAACUAUCCCUUGCUAGCGCUUGACGACACUCUUCUGAAAGAUAUGCACAGACAAGCUGCAGGAUAUCUCGAUCGUGCACAACAGCAUGCUGGUGGUAUAGAACUUUGUCCGCUCCCCAACCUCCUGAAGCAGAAGAGGCCCAGACCGGGAGAAGAAACAUCGCCUCCGCCAAAGAAGCCUCGACAUGGUUGAUUUUCAAUUGUUUGUAUGAGGAAGAAUCAGGAGAUGGUAGCUUGGCGUCUCGUGGUUGUGACCUUGUAGUUACCAAUAAUAAGAAUGACCAAUCGGUAUGACAUGCUUGACCAUCGUCAUAUCCUCGAACUACGGUGAUGAAGUCUGCGCGA